AUGCUGCUAUCUGUGAGCCCCACCAGCUCACUUUUUGACCCUCCCACUCUUUUAGGACAGACUGCAUGCGCGCUCUUUCCCCAUCCCCAGUCUCUGUUCUCCUCUUACUCUCCUCCUCCCUCUCGGUUGGAUGAAGACGGUUGGAUGAUUUUGACUCCUCCAUCAGUGUCCUCUGGGGAAGACAUCAGUCGUGGCGUAUAGCAUCUUCUUUUAUUACUGAGUCCAAUGGAUACAUUGUUUGGCCUGCGUUUCAGACGGAAAGCCUGUGAGCCAAGCGGACCUAGGCGCUCCAGCAUGUCACUUCCAGGGAGUACAGCGCGGCGGCGCUCCAGUGUGUCACUUCCAGCAAGUAAAGCACGGCGGCGCUCCAGUGUGUCACUUCCAGUGAGUAAAGCACGCCGGUGCUCCAACACGGGCCUGGCAUCAGCGGGCCUGGCUCAGAGACGCAGGUCUAGUGCUCAGCUCCAAAUCAGCAACGUGCAGGGGGUCUUACACCACAGCAGAGGACACUUCACCAGGAGGAGGUCGAGUGGAGGAACAGCCUGCCUGGCCCCACGGUUCGCUAUCCGACGGAGACCAGCUGCCAAACACCACAGCAUUCACAACCAGCUCCUGGGACCAUCACUGUUUUUGGCUGGCGUGAUGCAAAUGAGUGAAGAUCAUGAAACUGAGAAUAAGAGUGAAGAAGAAUACUCCUCUCUCUCUGAUAGUGACUGUAGCCAGGAGGAGUACAAGCAAGCAGGGAUGGAUUUAGAGUUGGAGUCUGAUAAGUCUCUGACGUGGUUGGCUGAGGGUUGGAUGCCGGGGGAAAGUAUUCAGCCUCGUCCCCUCCUCCGUGCCCCACGCUGCCUGAGGCGAAACUCCUCACACCUACUUCCUGCUGAAGCCGUUUACCAGAGCCCAGCCUCUUUUGGACUGUACGGCCGUUACCGUAGGACCAGUCAGGCACAGGGUCUGUCUAAUGUAGGUGGAUUGUGGACAGGGAGGCGAAAUUCUCUUGCAGGUCCAGGAUCAGUUGCACUGUACAGGAGGAGUUCUCCUUGCUGGACAGAUCUCAGUCUCUCACACACACUGCAGGGAACUGAUUACAACCCACAGAUUGACACAUGGAGUGAAUUCCUAUCGAAGGCCAUUGCCAAGUCCGGUCUCCAGCACCUGUCAUGCCAGCCCAGUGCUGCGGUGUUGGCCAAGGGGGAAACGGACCGAGAAAUACGCAGCACAGUGGACUGGAGUGAAUCCGCUCUGUAUGGGGAGCACAUCUGGUUCGAGACCAAUGUCUCUGGGGACUUCUGUUACGUUGGAGAACAGCACUGUUACGCCAAGACCCUGCAAAAGUCUGUUGCUCGAAAAAAAUGUGCCGCUUGCAAGAUCGUAGUUCACUCCAUCUGCAUUGAACAGCUGGAAAAGUUAUUGGACUGGAAUGUUCCGCCCCAAGGGGAGGGGCUUGAUGAGGUGCCUCUCAAAGACCCAUCAUUCAGAAUAAACUUCAGAUGUAAGCCAUCUUUCAGGGAGUCAGGUUCACGGAACAUCCGGGAACCAGCAAUAGUUCGACACCACUGGGUCCAUCGGAGAAGACAAGAGGGCAAAUGCAAACAGUGUGGAAAGGGGUUUCAGCAGAAAUUUGCCUUUCACAGUAAAGAGAUUGUAGCCAUUAGCUGCUCCUGGUGCAAACAAGCAUAUCAUAAUAAGGUGACAUGCUUUAUGCUGCAGCAGAUAGAAGAAGCGUGUUCAUUAGGAGCACAUGCUGCCGUUAUAGUACCUCCUACCUGGAUCAUACGGCUUCGCCGACCUCAGUCCUCACUAAAGUCAAGCAAAAAGAAGAAACGAACCUCUUUCAAACGCAAAUCCAGCAAGAAAGGAGCAGAGGAGGCUCGAUGGAAGCCCUUCAUUGUGAGACCAGUUCCCUCUCAACUCAUGAAGCCACUGCUGGUGUUUGUAAACCCAAAGAGUGGAGGAAACCAGGGAGCUAAAAUCAUCCAGUCGUUUCUGUGGUGUCUGAACCCUCGGCAGGUCUUUGAUCUCAGUCAGGGGGGUCCUCAGGAGGGCUUGGAGAUGUAUCGCAAAGUUCACAACUUGAGAAUUUUGGCCUGUGGUGGGGAUGGCACGGUGGGCUGGAUUUUGUCCGCUCUUGAUCAGCUGCAGCUGAACCCUUCUCCUGCUGUGGCAGUACUUCCUCUGGGCACAGGAAAUGACCUCGCUAGGACGCUAAACUGGGGUGGGGGUUACACAGAUGAACCUCUAAGUAAAAUCCUGUCUCACGUUGAGGAUGGGAAUAUUGUGCAGCUGGAUCGAUGGAAUCUCAUUGUGAAGCCCAACCCAGAGGCGGGGUCAGAGGAAAAAGACGAGCAGGUGACAGACAAGCUCCCUUUGGACGUCUUCAAUAAUUACUUCAGCCUUGGCUUUGAUGCUCAUGUGACUUUAGAGUUCCAUGAAUCCCGAGAGGCCAACCCUGAGAAAUUUAACAGCCGAUUCAGAAACAAAAUGUUCUAUGCAGGGACAGCGUUUUCUGAUUUCUUGAUGGGCAGCUCCAAAGACCUGGCUAAACACAUUAGAGUGGUGUGUGACGGCACAGAUUUGACCUCUAAAAUCCAGGAUUUGAAGCUGCAAUGCCUGGUCUUCCUCAAUAUCCCCAGGUACUGUGCGGGCACUAUGCCAUGGGGCAAUCCAAGUGAGCAUCAUGACUUUGAGCCUCAGCGUCAUGAUGAUGGCUGCAUCGAGGUCAUUGGAUUCACAAUGACAUCACUGGCCACGCUGCAGGUCGGAGGUCACGGUGAGAGGUUAAAUCAGUGUCGAGAAGUCACCCUCACCACCUCUAAGUCAAUCCCCAUGCAGGUGGAUGGCGAGCCUUGCAAACUAGCUCCAUCUGUUAUUCACAUCUCCCUGAGAAACCAGGCCAACAUGGUGCAGAAAACCAAGAGACGCACAUCAAUACCACUGCUCAACGAUAGUCAGCAGCCAUUUCCAGAACGAUUACGGAUCAGAGUGAGCCGCAUCAGCAUGCACGAUUAUGAAGCUCUGCACUACGACAAGGAGAAACUCAAAGAAGCGUCAAUUCCACUGGGUCUCAUCGUUGUCCCGGGAGACAGUGAUUUGGAAGCCUGCAGAGCUCACAUCGAGAGACUACAGGAGGACUUUGUGUCGUGUCACCCAUCUCUGCAGCGGCUGGUGCUCCAGGAAGGUGAUGGGACGAAAUUGAAGGCUUUGUCAUCUCAGAGGCUGUCUCCAAAAUGGUGCUUUCUCGACUCUACAACAGCGGAUCGUUUCUACAGGAUUGAUCGCGCUCAAGAGCAUCUUAACUACGUGACAGAAAUCUCUCAGGAUGAGCUGUUCGUUCUGGACCCAGAGCUGGUUGUCACAGAGACGGUCAGCACAUCGCCAGGUAUGCCAGACCUGGUGGAUUCCUCUGGUGAUGCCCCAUCUGAUCCAUGUAAAUUUGCCUUCCCAUCAUCCUCCUCUUCUCCACCAAACUCACCCGGUCCCAGGGGUGCAGAGCUCCAGAGAAAGCGUGUUUCCAGUGACAGUUCUGUGGCAGAAGCUCUUGCACACAGUGACUCGCUCAGAUCAGCCAAACCAGCUCUCAGCAGGGUGGGGGGUGUACAUCGCUCAAAUACAACAGCAGCAGAUUUCAAACCUACCAGCAGGCUUGAGAAGAACGACCAGAACAAUGUGUCAGCAGACAGUCUAAUUGAAUGUGUUAAGAAGAAGGACCAUCAGAAGUUGAAGGAGCUGCAUAAGAAGGGGGCAGACCUGUGUGUGCAGGACCCCGUGGGUCGCACCCUGCUCCACUAUGCUGUGGAAGUGGGAAGCAAGGAGAUCGUCAAAUACAUCAUUGAUAAUGCAUCCACCGAUAUCCUGGAUGUAACCGAGAGAGAAAAUGGAGAGACGGCAUUGCACAAAGCGGCCUCGUUGUUUCAGAGGACAAUCUGUCAUUACCUAGUGGAGGCGGGAGCAUCUCUCAUGAAGACAGACUUACAGGGUGACACUCCAAAGCAUCGUGCCGAGAAGGCGAAAGAUGCAGAACUUGCGGCGUAUCUUGAGAACCGACAGCACUACCAAAUGAUCCAGCGUGAGGACCAGGAGACUGCAGUUUGACCUUUAACCUCUCACCCUUCCCCCUCAACCGGCGUCCUCCUGUUUGUGCCAAAACAACAGUAACCAAAAAUGUAUCGCUAAACUGCACGAUGGUGACACAUUCCUAGAGAGAUGGUGGCACACUUUGCUGUCUCUGAAGAGGUCCCGAGCUUUCCUGUUGGACUUAAUGUCUUUCAUUUUAUUGCACUGCCAAAACAUCUUCUAGUUUGUAUGUAUGAGACAGAAUGCAUUGCCCUCUAUGUUACUGCACUCAUCAAGCUUGCUUUUCUAGUGUGACAAUGCUGAAUGUUAAAGGAUUUAAAGAUGCAUGGGCUGGUGAGGACAGUGCUGUGUGUGUCUCCAGAGUUCUCACUGUCUGUAGAAGUGCACCUGGAGCGUUUACCGUAGAUUUAGUAUUGCUCUGUUAUGGCUGAGCGUUAAUCUGAUCCGUGCUCCAGAACGUGAAACGGAAACAACAUUUCAGUUAGCUGAUUUCCUAAUAACAGUAAAGCCAUUAAAUGAAAUGAUGUUAAUGUAUAAUGUAACUUUCUAGCUUCCCCUGCACUGGAAGUGUUCAGGUUGGUUCAAACAUAGGAAUGUUUUCUGGGCUCUUGGUUUGCAGUAUCAGACCUAUUUAGAUCUUUUUCCGGUGUGUUAUUGGAAAGAUUUAGCAUUUUCAUAGAUUUCUCUGCUGUUUUCUAACUUUAACAUGGUAAUAACAUUCGGUACUGUAAAUGUAUGCAAGUAGCUUUCUGUUUAAGAGGCAUUUGCACUGUAGCUUUGAUUGCCGCCUUUAUUCUGUUCUCUGGAUUUAUAAUUGAUGUACUGAAAUUAUAGCUUCUUUCCUACAUUUUUUUUAAGUAAAUAGAUGUUUAUAUCAUUUGUAGCUAUAAAAGAUGUGUUUUCAUGUUUGUAUUAUACAACUCUGUAAAUUAGAUUUUGGUUUAUGAGAGUAGAGAACAGGUCUCUGUCAUUUCAGCUCACUUUUCUUAAAUCUUUGUGAUAAAAAAAACACUCUCUGUAAGAGUUUUUGUUUCAUAUUUUUUUUAGUGCUGGUGUCUUAAUGCAGAUUCAAGAUUUAAGGAUGCUUAUAUUUAUUUUCCUAAAUCUUUAUAUAUUGAAAUUAAUUAGGCCUUGAAUUUAUAGAUAUUUAAUAAUGUUAGUAACUUGUGACUUAUUUCAAUUAUUUGCAUCAUAGAAUGAAAAUCUUCUCUGUCUAAAGACUUAAUACUUCAUUUUAUGAAAGGACCCACUGAUUUCAAAGUUUCAAAUGUCGUUAUACAGUAUGUAUGCAUAUUCAUAUUGUAAUUUAGUAACACAGGUCUUGGGUGAACACACUAGCAUCUUUAGUGCUCUUCAUUUUUCUGCACUCUCAGUUGCAUUUGGAAAGUUUGAGUGUUAAAAACAACAACAACUAUCCAUCCAUCUAACCCUUUAACCCAGACAGCUAUUUGACAGGAGUCUUGAUGAAUGAGACCUCACUGAACUCUUUCAAUAAACGUGAUACGUCUUGAUCAUUUUUUUUAAAUUCUAAAAUACUUUUUUGGUAGCACUUUAUUUUACAGUAUUGUUCCUUAUGUACAUACUAUGUACUUAUUAUAGGAAUUACAAUAACUAUGUAAUAACUAGGUACUAACCCUAAACUUACCCCUAAACCUAACCCUACCCCAUGGAGUUACCUUGUGUUACCAGAACUUUCUUAGAUAAAUACACUGUAAGUACACUUUAAGUACAUGUUAGUACAUGUACUGUAAAAUAAAGUGCAAUCCCUUUUUUGUGCUUUAGACCUUUUUAGUAUGACAAAUUGGGUUUUGUUAUCCAUAAUGCACGUAAUUAUUAUUUUUUUUUAUCCUUUUAUUCUGUCCUUUUUCUGUUUCGUCUGAGACCCCAGUGUAAAGGCUGAUUGUGUAAUGUGUAUAAGAUGAUAACACUUUAAGGUUUUGAGUAUUGGUGUUACUAAUUAGCUCCUGUAACACAGUAAUUGAAAAGGCGUUUAUAUACAGUAGUUCAGACAGACACUGGCUGACAUCUGCAGUCUGGGACGAAACAAAGCUAGCAAACGGGCUGAAACUGUAAAUGGGCUUCAAGCCAACAGCGCUUUUUUCUCAGUCAUGCCAACUUCAUUUCUUUACUGAGGAAUUUUGAUCAUUUAAUUUUCCUGUCUGAGAUAAACAGCCUACAGAAGCCUCUCACGCUCACGGUGACUGAAGGGAUUAAGUGAACGUUUGUGAGUUUUAAGGCUUUCAGUUUCUUCCUAAUUAUCAUAAUCCUAAAACUAGUUUGUCAGAAUAAUAGACAGAACAGAUGGCAUAGAUUUGCCGCGAAUGUUUGAAUUUAUUGCAAAACACUUAGAGGACAGUUUUUCCUCAUGUACCGUUAUAGUAAGAACCAUUUCUAUUGUCACUUAAAUCUUAGAAAGCAGUUGCACUGAGAGUAUGAUACAACAAAUUCAGUUUGUUACAACUUUUCAUUUCUUGUUUAAAAUAUGUUGGAGCCUUGCUAUAAUACUCCACAGUUUUUAUCCUUUUCUGUAAAACUUCUAAAUGAUUUGGACUUUAUUUGACGUUUAUUGACAUAGAGUCUCUAGAAAUACAACAGCCUUAAAUUAAUGUGUCCACAAUUCCAUACUUGAUUAUGAGCAGUAUGUAUUUUUGACUGGCAUGAUGAUGUUCUGCUGCAUGAAACAGUACACAUCUAUUAACUCAGUGAAGUGGGUAUUUUAAUGGCCAGUUUUUAUUUAAGUGCUGUAGACUGCACUUAUAUCAUUUAUCUUCCUCUAAGAGCAAGUGAGGUCUGUGACCCUGCAUUAGCCCAUCGUCACUUUGAAUUUAGUCUGGUUUUAAGAUUUUAUCACCCAGAUUUAAUGAAAUGGUUCUUUUGUUUUGGUGUUGAUCCAUUUACUCAGGGGAGAUUGUAAUUAACGCUGGCAGCAUCUUAUUCCACCCCAACCUUCUCUGCUAGGAUUUAUUUUCAUUUAACCAACAGAUCAUGACUAUACAGUAGUUCUGUAAAGUGCUUCGUUAUAAUUAAUUCAUACUUGCAUGUGUUCUCAGGCAGCUGUUUACCGCUGGACCUUACAUGUCCUUCCAAUAUCUUAUUAAAACCAAGUUUUUAAUCCAUAGCUUAAUUAAGCCUAAUCUUUUCAUCAGCGAUACACUGUCAGCAAGCACUAUUUUGCAAUUAAUUACUUUUCUAUAAUAUCCUAUUUUUCUUCAUGUAGUGGAGAUCCUAUUGAAGUAUAUUCCAUGUUCAGUACUUCACCACCAACAUUAUUAAUACACACUCAAUUUCGUACUGUAUUAUUACAAAAGAGAUGAGAUUUUCCAAGAAAUCUCACAUUUUUCCAUUCUUAUAUGGAAAUCUCCUUACAUUUACUUUCAAAAGGCAAAGCAAUGUAACAUGUAUGUACAGUAAUUUAAAUUUCUGAAUGUGUUUUGUUGCUGUGUAUUUUCUUACUCAUUUAAGCUCUUUAGCCAUCAUUGAGAUGCAUGAAAGCAGAAAGAAGAGGAAGAGCUGCGUCUUUCAUUGAUUAACAGGGAAAAGGAUCUGACAUUGAUACUAAUUAGUGUCUGUAUUUUUUAUUUUUUUUUGAGUUGCAGUGCAAUUCAAGGCUACAGUGUAUUAUAGGAUUUUGAAAAGGAGAAUGCAGAAGGCAUGGGUUUCAGUGCAAUAUAUUGUUUAAAAAAAAAAGAUUUUAUGAAUAUUUUGUUCUGUAACAUGUAGUCAAUAUUUAUCUCUUCAGUGAACUUAUUCUGUUACUGUCUGAUUAAUAAAAUAAUAAAGCAUUCUGCAUAUUGCAUACUGAA